UCUCAUUCAGGGCAGGCAGCCUCAACAAAUCAGUGCUCUGUGCAACUCUAGAGGAUCUGAAUUAAAUCUGUACUGGAAACGUUUGCAAAACUCCAGUAGAAUGCUCUGUGUGUGUCUGGAGUCUUCAUAGCCGUGCCAUGGGGAUCUUUUCUGUGCUUGCUGUGCCGUUGCUGCUCCUGGGGAUCAGCGGAGUUCUUUACAUUUACCAGUCGGUCAGGUGGCUGCUCUCCAAGUCAGCAGUGCAGAACAAGGUGGUGGUGAUCACAGAUGCCAUCUCUGGGCUGGGCAAGGAGUGUUCUCGUGUGUUUCAUGCAGGAGGAGCAAGGCUUGUGUUGUGUGGCAGGACAUGGGAAAAGUUGGAAGCCUUGUAUGAUGCCUUAAUCAGUGUGACAGACCCCAGCAUGACAUAUGCACCAAAGUUGAUUCUUCUGGACAUCACAGACAUAAGCUGCAUUAGAGAUGUAGCUAAGGAAAUCCUGAACUGCUAUGGCUGUGUGGAUAUUCUGAUCAACAAUGCAAGCAUGAAGGUGAAAGGAGCAGUGCAGAGCAUUUCCCUGGAACUUGAUAAAAAGAUAAUGGAUGCCAACUAUUUUGGACCUAUAACAUUAACCAAAGCCAUUCUUCCUAACAUGAUCUCAAGAAGAACUGGCCAAAUUGUUCUAAUUAACAGCAUCCAAGGGAAAAUAGGAAUUCCAUUUCGUGCAGCUUAUGCUGCUUCCAAGCAUGCUGCUGUGGGCUUUUUUGAUUGCCUCCGAGCUGAAAUGGAGGAAUUUGAUAUUUCUGUCAGCACUGUCAACCCAACCUUCAUCUGCUCCUACCAUCGCCAGCCAGCACCAGGCAACUGGGAGGCAUCCAUUUGGAAAUUCUUUUUCAGGAAGGUGUCCUAUGGGGUGCACCCCGUGGAGGUGGCAGAGGAGGUCCUUGCCACGGUGAGCAGGAAGAAGCAGGAGGUGCUGAUGGCCAACCCCAUCCCCAGAGCAGCAGUUUACAUCAGAACAUUCUUCCCUGAGCUGUUUUUUGCCAUUGUUGCCUCAGGGAUUAGGGAAAGGCUGAAGACAGAAGAGGAAAAUUGAUUUUGUUCAGUUAUUUCCUUGCUUUUGACCUGAAAAAAAAAAGGUUUUUGUUUUGAA